AUGGGGGCCCCCCUGGCUGGUGUGACCCCAAUAAUGGCAGUCACAUUUUUUGGAUUUAGUCUGGGAAAGAAGCUGCAGCAGAAUCAUCCAAAUGAGCAGCUCAGACCACAUCAAGUAUUUUCAGCAGGAAUGUUGGCAGGAGUUUUUGGUGCUGUUAUCGUCAUCCCUGCGGAGCGCAUCAAAUGUUUACUACAGGCUCAAGCAAACAGCUCAGUGAAAAGGUUUGCAGGACCCAUAGACUGUGCCCAGCAACUGUACAGGGAGCAAGGGAUACAGAGUUUUGUACCGUGGCACUGUACUUACUCUGUUAAGAGAUAUCCCGGCUACUGGAAUGUACUUCAUGAGCUACGAGUGGAUGAAAACAGAGGCUUUACACCAGAAGGUCAAAGCGUCAACAAUCUCGGUGCAGAGCGUAUUUUGCUCGCAGGAGGUGUGGCUGGCAUGUGUAACUGGGUAGUGGCCAUUCCUAUGGACGUACUAAAGUCUCGAUUUCAGACAGCUAAUGCUGACCAAUACAGAGGAGCCCUGGAUGUCUUAAGAGAAGUUCUGAAAAACGAGGGGCCCAGAGGGUUGUACAAGGGCUUUACAGCAGCCAUGUUGCGAGCAUUCCCAGCCAAUGCGGCCUGCUUCCUGGGAUUUGAGGUGUCCAUGACAUUCUUAAACUGGCUGAUCCCAGACAGCUCUUGA